AUGCGUGAGGAGCCACCGCUAAUGUGUGAGGAGCCGCUGGAAAUGCUUGAGGCAGACCUGAUGUUUGCAGGUCCGGAGCAUUACGCUUCUGAAUUUGGUAAAGUAUAUGACAAUUCAUUGCCUAUAAAUAAUGAUGUCAAGCAAAAUUCAUCGGUUAUAAAAACAUACAAUUUCAACAAAAUGCCUGUAACAUACACUUGGAGUAAUCUUAAUGUGUAUUAUACUUUAAAAAAUAACAAUGUAUGGAACCAAUUUUUUAAUAAACGUAAUGAAAUAUGUUAUCAAAAACAUAUUUUAAAGAACGUUUCGGGAAUCGCUUAUCCUGGAGAAUUAUUAGUUAUAAUGGGUUCUUCAGGGGCAGGAAAAACUACUUUAUUAGAUGCUUUAACCUAUCAACAUAAAACUGAAGUUGUUAUGUCUGGAAAUAUAACGAUAAAUGGAAAACGAGUAAAUUCUAGUAUGUUAACCUCUCAAAUGGCAUAUGUUCAACAACAUGAUUUAUUUAUAGGUACAUUAACAGUAAAGGAACAUCUUAUAUUUCAAGCUUUGGUACGCAUGGAUAAAAAAAUACCAUAUUAUCAGCGAAUUCAACGAGUAAAUGAAAUUAUAUCUGAGCUAGCGUUGAUUAAUUGUCAAAAUACAGUAAUUGGUAUACCUGGUAGACUAAAAGGCAUAUCUGGAGGUGAAAUGAAAAGAUUAUCCUUUGCUUCAGAAGUUUUAACUGAUCCACCACUAAUGUUAUGUGAUGAACCAACUUCUGGUCUUGAUUCAUGUGUGGCUCAUCAAGUAAUUACCGUUUUGAAAAAUCUUGCUGAUAAAGGAAAAACAAUAAUUACAACAAUGCAUCAACCAUCAACUGAGUUAUUUAAUAUGUUUAAUAAGAUAUUACUAAUUGCCGAAGGUCGCGUAGCAUUUAUGGGAACUAGUGAAGAGGCUUAUACCUUCUUUAAAUCAAUUGGUGCUUUAUGUCCAAAUAAUUACAACCCUGCUGAUUUUUUUAUUCAACUAUUGGCAAUUAUUCCUGGAAAAGAAAAUAUCUGUAAAUAUACUGUAAAUACUGUGUGUGAUAAGUAUGAAAACAGUGAUACUGGCAUACAGAUUUCAUUUAAAAUAAAAAGAAUUAAUGCGUUUGAAAAUGAUACGCACCAAAAGAAUAUUUGUGUAUUAAACAAAAAAUUACGAUAUAAAGUGAAUUGGUUCCAACAGUUUCGAGCUGUUCUAUGGAGAUCAUGGAUAUCAGUAAUUAAAGAACCAAUUUUAAUUAAAGUUCGGUUACUACAAACAAUCAUGGUUUCAAUUUUAAUAGGUAUCAUCUAUUUAAAUCAAAAAUUAGAUCAAGAUGGAGUUAUGAAUAUUAAUGGAGCACUUUUUAUUUUUCUUACAAAUAUGACAUUCCAAAAUGUAUUUGCGGUAAUAAAUGUUUUUUGUUCUGAACUACCAAUAUUUUUACGUGAACAUAGAAACGGAAUUUAUAGGGUUGAUGUAUACUUUUUAUGCAAAACAAUUGCUGAAGCACCUAUUUUUAUUGCAGUUCCAAUUAUUUUUACAAUUAUAACAUAUCCUAUGAUUGGUUUAUAUCCGAACAUUCAACAUUUUUUGGCGACAACUGGAAUUAUGAUUCUAGUUGCAAAUGUUUCGACAUCAUUCGGUUAUUUUAUUUCAUGUAUUAGUAAGGAUAUAUCGAUGGCACUUUCUAUUGGACCUCCAAUUAUUAUACCAUUUCUACUCUUUGGUGGAUUUUUCUUAAAUACUGCAUCAGUCCCUUUAUAUUUCAAAUGGUUUUCUUACUUAUCGUGGUUUCGAUAUGGUAACGAGGCUCUUUUAAUCAAUCAGUGGUCUGAUGUUGAUAUGAUUGCAUGUACUAAAAUUAAUGUAACUUGUCCAAAAUCUGGUUUAAUGGUUCUUCAAACUCUUAAUUUUAAAAAGGACUAUUUCUGGUUGGAUAUUUGCGCUUUACUUCUAUUAAUAAUUAUAUUUCGCAUAAUAGCAUUUUUAGCGCUUUUAUCGAAAACUCUACGUAAACGUAAAAUUAUAUAAAAUAUUGAUACAAAAAAUUUUAAACAAAUGUACAACAUA